AUGAUGGACUCGUCACCCCAAUCUACUAAGCUCCAGGAGCCUAUGCUCCCUCUGGCCGGCACCAAGCGUUCCGCCCCGAGCCUUCUGCCGGCAUUCGAACCUCUCUCCUCCUCGCCGGGCUUCCCUCGACCUUCCAAAAGACAAGCCAGACCCGGUUCUGUGGGAGGACCCAACGCGUAUCUCAAGUACCCCACGCCCAUCCCGACCUCGAGCACUGGCAUCCUCUCAUCUUCACCACCCCGCGUCCACCAGAGACCAGCCGGCUCCUCGCGAGCUCUCUCCUCCGCCUCCGAACGCACCCCCCUCGGCGCUGUCGCCUCCAUUGAAUUGAACGCCAAUGGCGAGACUCUGCUCAUGGGCCGCUCUAGCAACUCGUCCCACUACCAGCUGUCCGCCAACCGUCUCGUGUCCCGCGUCCACGUCAAGGCGCGAUACGUGCCCGCCCCUUCGGCAUUGGAGCCCAACAAGAUUGAAAUCAUUUGCAACGGCUGGAACGGAGUGAAGCUGCACUGCCAGGGCCGGACAUGGGAGCUCCUCAAGGGUGAUUCCUUCACCUCCGAGACCGAAGGCACCGAAAUCAUGCUCGACGUCCAGGAUUCCCGCGUCAUGAUCCAAUGGCCGAAGCGAGACCGCCGUGAUCGUCUCGCAAGCCCCGACGACUCGGCCUGGGGUGACUCGCCGCCCCGCUCCGCCGCCCGUGCUGUUGCCGACCUUCUCGAGUCGAGCCCCCUGCGCCGCCCCUCGCGUAUCGAGUCCCCUGAAUCACCCACGCCCGCGCACCUGUCAAGCUCGCAAAGGCUUCAGGCCCUUCUUCCCACCGAUGACGGCGAGGUUCACAUCUACGAGGACUCCAAUGCCGAGGAGCCGGAGCUGCCCAAGCUAGUUGAAUCCACCACUAUUGUCGGCGAGAGCUUCGCAACCGAGGCCACCAACUCCUUCUCCUCCGAGCUUAGUGAGCCCGAGGAUGUCAACGAUCCAGAUGAGGAGAACGACCCCAUUGUCCACUCUUUCGGCCCCUUCGGCGCAGACAUCUCCAAUCGCCUGGCCUCCAUCACCACCGCAUCUCCCAAGUUCCCGUCCUUUAAGCGGUCAGGCCUGUCCACGAUCCACGACGACGCCAAUGCCCCCAACCCCUCCAGCCCCAUCUCGGCACCGCCAAAGUCAAUGAAGGAGGAGGACGAUGACGAUGGGGAACCGAGGAAGGCGCAGCCCCCUUACGAGAACCCCGCUGUGCGCAACCACGUUGUCAACCAGCUCGCCUUCUCCCGUCUGUCGUCCAACCCGCUGUCGACCAUCAUGAACAACCUGCCGUCCGAGGAGAAGAAGGGCCUCACCAAGGAUCAGCUGCGAAGCCUGAUCGAGGCCACGGCGUGCAUCGGCAUCAUCCAACGCCAGGGCAAGGAUGCCGCUGGUCAGCCCCUCGAGAGCGAGUACUACUACGUCCCCGAGUUCGACGACGACGAUCAGCGCCGUCUCGCCGUGACCGACGGACUACGCAAGCCCAGUUUGAGAGCGUGUCGAAAGCAGCACAAGCAAUACUACUGGAAGCGCCCACGCACACCCUGA